CGCCGCCGACGGCCGCGCACGUGAUGCAUGCGGGCACCUAGCUGCACGCGCGCGGGCCUAAUGGGCACCGUGCUGAGCUUCAGCCCGCGAGAGCGGCGCCCGCCCGCCGCCGCGCCGCAGCCCGACCGCGCCGCGCUCGCUUACUCCUACGAGCGCCUCAACAACGCCAAGAACCGCGAGAACAGGGAGCUGCCGCGCGACGAGCGCCGCGCCACGCUCGACGACGCUGCCAAAAUAAUCUCCGAAAAAACGGCCCUAGAGAAAAACUUGAAGAAACACUCGCUAUUCAUAAACGCGCUGUCGUGGAAGCGGUUUUCUACGGCGAACAACAACAAAAAGAAAUUGGAAUGCAAGAGCAAAAGUGUGAGCACGUUCCGGGCGCCGUUGACGGACAACGCGCCCCUGGACCGGAACAAGAAUGUGAGCGUUCAGGGUGUGUAUAGGCCGACGCCGCUGCCCGCGCCUCUGCCGCCCACGGAGGUAGCUCGGGCGAACGCACUCAACAAUAACGUGUGCUAUGAGAAGCUGCCGACAGGCGUGGUCGGGCCGGUGGUCGCGCCGCGCAAGACAGUCAUCCAAGCGUCUACGUCGGAGCUGCUAAAGUGCCUGGGCAUGUUCCUGCAUACCCGCUGCCACCGCUUGCGUGACUUCCAAGCGGGGGAUGCGGUUAUGUGGCUGCGGACCGUCGAUCGCUCACUGCUCCUGCAGGGAUGGCAGGACGUGGCUUUCAUCAAUCCAGCGAACGUGGUGUUCGUGUACAUGCUGGUCCGCGAGCUAGUGGACGGGGAACGAAUAGCACGCCCCCAGGACCUGCAGGCGGUCGUGCUCACCUGCCUGUACCUCUCCUACUCUUACAUGGGCAACGAGAUCUCCUAUCCCCUCAAGCCGUUCCUCGUAGAAGACUCCAAAGACAAAUUCUGGGACCGCUGCCUUCUGAUCGUCGACAGGCUAUCGUUCAACAUGUUAAGGAUUAACUCGGAGCCUGGGUUCUUCACGGAGGUCUUUACGGAGCUGAAGGCCUGCGGGGUGGAGUCACCCCCUCCCGCGCCGGCGCACCCCGCGCCUGCCCCCCCUCACGCCCUCACCGCCGCCUGACACACGGAGGUAGCGGUCCUCAGACUCGCUCUAGCCGACCGCCCCAGCCGGGUCUGAUGUCGGCUUUACAUGACUGAAGUGCUUGGUCAAUCAUCGUCUAUUUGAAAAAAGUUCGGCAAUAAGUAGGUAUAGUGAGAUAAUUGCCCUCCUUUCUAUAAAUCUUUGACCAGUUUAUGACUAAAGUCAUUUUUUAUAGAAAUUAAUAAAAGCCUUCAUUUCAUGAAACUCAUGAGUUUGAUAAUAAUUAUGAAAUUUGUCUAUUGAAUAGAAAACUUACUGAAAAUAAAAUGCUUCAUAAAAGAAGCGCAAUAAAUACUCACAAGUUUGCCUCAUUAAAGGUUGCAACAUAUAUGUUGGAUCGGAAACGGAGAGAAGCAUUCAGUGUUCUUUGUUUGAAGUUCCGUGCUGAAUUGUAGCGUCAAUUGGGGUACAGUGUAACAAGCGGCACAUUGUAACAUAAGGAACAUCUGUGUUUUACACGCGGCCAUUUGACGUCUGAUGACAGCUGCUUAAGAUGCAGCAUAUGAAAUUAAUAAAAGACUUCAAGACAGACCAUACCCAAAUAAGAGUAGGGCAGAGAAUUUCCUUAUUUAACACUGUGCCCCUUCUUACACAGUCCCUCACUUUACUCUACUCUUAUCAGCUCGGUAAUGUAUAUCCGUAGAUCCGAUUUAUGUGCUGACUAAACCUUUUCGUAUGAAAUUAGUAUGAUAAUGGCUUAAAAAAUCUACUUACCUGCUUUAUGCUGUUUAAUUUUUUUAAAGAUGAUAGUUUACCUACAUAAAUACAAUUUGCUCAAUGGCCAUCAACUUUAAAUUAACUCUUAGAUCACUAAUGAUGUUUGACCAAGUGCUUGUUCAGAGUCAAGUUAUAAUACUCGAGUACAAGAGAACCAAAGUUAAAGCGACGCUAACGCGCAUUCGAUGUCACUGUUACAUCGUUAAAAUAUUAGAUAGAAAGUGAUAAGACGAAUAAUUCCAUUAAUAGACCAGUUGAUAUUUGACUUUCUGGCAUUCCAGCAAAACAGUAGCGUGAUUCCGAACAAUUUGGAUUUGAAGACCUUGGAACACUUGAAUUAGGCACGCAAGGGUACAUUGACGGAAACGGAUUGGUAUAUGCUUUAUAUAUUGUUAUUUCCAAAUUGAGUAACAAACACAAAGAUUAGAAAUCAAUUAAAAUAAGGGAAUGAUUCUAAUAAAAUGUUAGUCUGUAACGAUCUAGCAUUUCAUUAUUCAUGCCAAAGAAGAAAACGUGAAGUGGUCUGCGCCUGUACUCUUAAGGUUGAUAUAUUGUUAACGUCGUCCAUCCUACUUCAACUUACAUGGUUUAAAUGACGUAGAGUAGGACACAGCACAACGAUAUAUCGAUACGAUCCGAUCGUCCGUAUUGGUAAAGAAGAUACGAUGACACGAUACGAUCUCAUCGUUAUGAAUAUAAUGUAGCUUGUGCGACGGGCUUACGUGCUGUAUUAGGACACUUCAUAUGACCUAUAAGUCAUCGUAUGACCGUUGCCAAUUAUGACGACGCGACGCCUAAGGACCCUGAUCUUACAAUAGGAAAUGGAUCUUCGAACCACGUUUUACUGUAUGA